AUGGAGUUCUUUGAGCGUUCUGAGUUGCACGACAUGAACUCUGGCCUCAAAGCACUGAACCUCAUGGCUCAGUUUCAGCGACUGCCGGUCCCCGGCACUUCAAUUCAACCUCUUCCCGCCAUUUCCCCAGGUCAGGAUGGAUUCUUGUUCUGCAGGUUUCCGUUCCCCGCUUUCCAUUCUUCUCGUCCUUAUCCCGAUCUGGUCAACCUUGUUCUGCCCCAGAUGACUACUAUCGAUCUCCUGAGCUACAUACAGCGUCAGACCCCAGCAUAUUACCGUAUGGCGUGGAUGAACCCUGGUCCUCCUGCGUCUAGUUAUCCCGUGAUAAACUUCCGAUACGACGCGUGCAACCCUAGUCCAUCAAAGAGCGAUCAUUUUGAUCUUGACAAGCGGGAGCUAUCUGGUCUGGAACCUAAGCAGAAUGCUCUAAUCUUGAAAUGUAUCACGGACUCGGAGGCCGAAGAGAAGCUCAGCAUCGUCAUGAUGGCAUGA